UUGAUGUGUUGCACCUUUUGACGUCUUUGGGGGGGGCUUUCUUUUUAUGUCCAACGCACACAUGAAGUGCAAGUGGAGAGAAUGGUGUGGAAGUGUUGCAAAAGCUCGCCGUCAUGCCACAAGCAGCUGCUAGCAAGUAGCUGGCGCAGCAGUCCGCUGUGUUGAGUCAACGUCGCAUCUGCGAGGCAUCACACCGAGCCAGAUGAGAUGACACAGACGCCGGACCAGCAGCCCACGUCUUCGGACUGACACCCGGGGCUUUGAAUUGAAAAAAAAAAGUGUUUCGUGUGGUUUUUAUGAGACAAUUAAAAAAAAACAAAAAAAAGGAAGCUACUAGUCGCUGUUGAUUUCGAUCUAACUUGCUGCAAGCUAGCGUUAGCGCGCUGCUGCUAACCCUUCAGGCGUCGUCGAAGUGGCCGCACAAACAUGUGGAUCGUCGUGGAGGAGACCCCCGGGACGACUUUAAACGCUUUCCACAGGACACGGGUUUCAACCGGACGCUGACUGGACCCCACCCCCCCGGGAGGACAAAGAGCAACACGUCUCCAGGACCAGAUUAGCCACUGGACUUUUUGCCUCUUAAGACCAACAGGACGGCCAGGGACCAUGCUGACCUUCCUCGCUGCUGGCUCCGUGUUCUUUCCCGGCCUCUUCCUUCUGUCCAAGCAGUGCCUCAAAUCCAUCCCAGCGCUGCGAUGGAGCGAAGGCGAUGCUGUUAUUGUGUCGGCCAGGUUGGUGUCGUCGGUUCAGGCGGUCAUGGCUUCGUCAGCUGGCUACAUUAUUGCUUCUUCCUGCAAUGACAUCAUCGAGGACCAGCACUGGCUGACCAGCACGUACAUCAUGUUCGCCGUCCCCUACUUCGUGUACGACAUCUACGCCAUGUUCAUGUGCUACUGGUACAAGCUGAGGGUCAAAGGGCACGAGGAGGCCUCGCCUUCCCCCCAGCACAUGGUCUCGGCUCUCACCAGCUACCUGCGUCGCGAGUUCCUCAUGGUGCUGCACCACGUUGUUAUGGUUACCGUCUGCUUUCCUGUUUCUGUGUUUGUGCGUCAAGGAAAGGGAGAUUAUUUCCAGGGCGUAAUGUUCAUGGCCGAGCUCAGCACUCCAUCCGUCUGCUUAGGAAAAAUACUCAUUCAAUACAAACAGCAACACACUCUCCUGCACAAAGUGAACGGGGCUCUAAUGCUGAUCACUUUUUUCAUCUGUCGAGUCCUCCUCUUCCCUUACCUCUACUACGCCUAUGGAAGGUACGCAUCCAUUCCGUUCCACUUGGUCCCGCUGUCGGUGCCCUGGCACUGUAACCUCGGGGCCUCCCUGCUCAUGGCCCCCCAGCUCUAUUGGUUCUCCCUCAUUUGCAGGGGCGCUCUGCGGCUCUUCACGGGCUCCUCGCGCUCCUGGAGACCCCGCGCCGGCGCCGCCACCACGGAGGGCGGCACAGCAGGCCCUCAGCCGGCCAACGGCUACAGCGCACGUGCCACAGAACCCGAGCUUGCCACUCACUGAGAAGAGUGGCGAGCGGAGGCGGGAGGAGAUGCGAAUGUACCACUGUCACGGAGAGAGGUAGCGAUAUGGCGCUGGUGAAAAGCUACAGACGAUGGCCUCAAAUAGCGCUGGAGUCUUUGCAGGUGUCACCCAAUGACCUUUUGGUUUGCUGGCCUUCAACGAUUCCAGCUUUGUAGGAAACAUUCAAUGAUGUCAUCAGACACUGUAACAGGAAGGGGAGGAUCUAGCCUGGAUGUUUUGCAAGCAUAGUGACCAUUUCCUUCAUUGUAGAACAAAACCAUGACCUCUCAAGACGAGUGGGUCCAUAGGAAUGUAUUAUAUUGUAUGUUAGAACAUUUUUGCUGUAGACGGAAGGCCAAAUUCAAGUUUAGAAGAAAGCGGAAAAAAAGGGGGGAGGAGCGUCCUGGCUUAGCAGUAUUUCAACUUGUUAGUGUUUCUCUGUAUCUAUGUAGUCACUGUCAUGACAUGUAAGCAACCUGCAGACUGAGAUCAUGUCAUAAGACUGUAUUCUGCUGCCUUAUCCCCCUUUUUCCCACCUUUUUCACCCUCAGAGAAGAAGGAAACAAUCGUGACGGGUGUACAUAGCCCAUGUAAAGUCCUUGUUUUCAUGUCAGUAUUAUUAUUUUAUUACUGUGUUUCAUUUUCCACCAAUCAAUGACACCUCCGCUCCGUUUAGUUUACACCAACUACCCUCGCGCAGCUAAGUGUAGAUAUGACUCCAUUCCAUUUAGUGGCAACACACUUUUAAAGGAAUUUCCUUGGAUGUUUUAGUUGGCUCGUCCUCCACAUGUGUUCAAUUAGUCAUCAUAUUUGACAGAAGGUACUUUGCAAGGCAUUGUCAAAGGGCAUUAUUGAUUACUUGCAAUGUUGCCAUGUUUGAAGGGAAAACAGUAUUGUGGGUUUGUUUUUCGAUAUGUACAUGUUUUGUUUUUUUCAAAGACCUUUCACAUUGUGCAGAUUGCGCCACAGGUUCUAUGAACCGUCGUUGUGGACAAAGCAGCUGGAUUUGUCACUUUGUGUUUGUUUAAAACCGGCAGCUGUACUCUCUGGAAAUAGGUCAGAGGAAUAUGGGGAAAAAAAGGAAAAAAUAAGAAACCAUCAAGACAGAGCAGUGUGUGUGCCAAAACAUCUGGACAACUACCUGUGGGCAUGUCGAACACAGACUAACAUAACACCCCAACCCCGCCCGCCGAGUCCACAGCUUCCCGACCAGAACAUUUCAACCAAUGUACUGUAUAUUCCACCAAAUGCUUGUUAUUUAUUUGUAUUUAUUUAUUUAUUUGGGUUUGUGGUUCUGAAUGCAUAUUUAUGCAUCCAUAUUAUACUCUAUGCUUCUGAGCCUUGUGCGAAGGCUGCAAUGUUACUCAAACUUAUCUGAAAUAUACUUCUGUCCUCA